AUGAAGUUGCAAAAUUUGUUAGCGUCUGCUACAAUUUUGACUGCAUUGACAGAAAAUGUUGACGCGUGGUCACCAAGUAAUAGUUACGUUCCGGCAAAUGUAACCUGUGAUGACGAUAUCAAUCUAGUUAGAGAAGCCUCUGACUUAUCAACAAACGAAACCGAAUGGCUAAAGAAAAGAGAUGCGUACACCAAGGAGGCCUUACAUUCUUUCUUGGAUAGGGCCACUUCCAACUUCAGCGACAGUUCGUUGCUCUCCACUCUUUUCGGUAGUAAUUCCUCCAACAUGCCCAAGAUUGGUGUCGCCUGUUCCGGUGGUGGUUACCGUGCCAUGUUGUCUGGUGCAGGUAUGAUUGCUGCUAUGGACAACCGUACUGUUGGCGCCAACGAGCACGGUCUUGGCGGGUUACUACAAGGUGCCACUUACCUGGCGGGUCUGUCAGGGGGUAACUGGUUGACAAGCACUCUGGCCUGGAAUAACUGGACCUCUGUGCAAGACAUCGUGGACAACACGACUGCAUCCAACUCAAUCUGGGACAUCUCUCACUCGAUUCUUACCCCAGGCGGUAUCAACAUCUUCAAGACUGGGAGCAGAUGGGACGAUAUUUCCGAUGAUGUUCAAGCAAAGCAAGAUGCCGGUUUCAACAUCUCUUUGGCCGACGUAUGGGGCCGUGCUCUGGCCUACAAUUUCUGGCCAAGCUUGUACCGUGGUGGCCAAGGAUACACAUGGUCUACUUUGAGAGAGGCUGACGUUUUCAAAAACGCGGAAAUGCCCUUCCCCAUUACGGUCGCAGACGGUAGGUACCCAGGUACCACCGUGAUAAACUUGAAUGCGACUCUUUUCGAGUUUAAUCCAUUCGAAAUGGGUUCUUGGGAUCCUUCUUUGAACGCUUUCACCGAUGUCAAGUAUCUCGGAACCAAUGUUACCAACGGUAAGCCAGUUAACAAGGGUAAGUGUAUUGCCGGGUUCGACAACACAGGUUUCCUGACAGCCACUUCAUCUACCUUGUUCAACCAGUUUUUGCUACGUUUGAAUUCUACCGGUUUACCAUCGUUCAUCGCUAAUCUGGCCACGGAUUUCUUAACCGACUUAUCCGAAGCUAAUGAUGACAUUGCCAUUUACGCUCCAAAUCCAUUCAAGGGAGCAAAUUUCAUCCAAAAAAAUGCCACCUCUGGCAUUAUCGACUCUGAUGAUCUAUUCUUGGUUGAUGGUGGUGAAGAUAACCAAAAUAUCCCAUUAGUGCCAUUGUUGCAAAAGGAACGUCAACUGGAUGCCAUUUUUGCCUUAGACAAUUCUGCUGACACCAACGACUAUUGGCCAGACGGUGCCUCUUUGGUUAACACUUACGAACGUCAAUUUGGUGUCCAAGGUUUAAAUUUGUCCUUCCCAUAUGUUCCAGAUGCUAACACAUUUGUCAACUUGGGACUGAACAAAAAACCAACCUUUUUUGGUUGCGACGCAACAAACUUGACCGAUUUAGAUUACAUCCCACCUUUAAUUGUUUACAUUCCAAACUCCAGACAUUCGUUCAACGGUAACCAAAGCACUUUCAAGAUGUCUUACUCCGACUCAGAACGUCUUGGUAUGAUCAAAAAUGGGUUUGAGGCCGCCACGAUGGGCAAUUUGACAAGUGACUCUGGCUUCUUAGGCUGUGUUGGUUGCGCCAUCAUCAGACGUAAACAACAAAGCUUGAACGCUACUUUACCAUCCGAAUGUAGCAAGUGUUUCUCCAACUACUGUUGGAACGGUACAAUUGACAAUAAGUCAGUCUCAGGUUUAGGCAACAGUGACUUUUCCUCUUCUGCCUCUCUUUCUGCCUCAGCCGCUGCAGCUUCUGCCUCCGGCAAAUCCUCCUCUACUAACAAGAAAAAUGCAGGUAAUGCCUUAGUGGACUACUCCGGAUUGAGUACCAAUACCUUUGUUGGUGUGUUGAGUGUUAUUAGCGCUGUUUUUGGUCUAAUUUAG